AGAAAUUAGAAACCAAACCAACCCAAAAAAAAAAACAAGAAAAAUAGGAAUAAUGAUUUAUACCGAAACGCCGUCGUAUCAUGGUCGCCGGCGUCUCCUCCUGAUCGUCGUUGGGCUUUUGAUCUCGUCGAGUUUGGUUUCUUUCUCUCAUGGAGUUUCUUCUUCUUGUCAUCAUCGUCCAUCCUCUACCUCAUUUCAAGGAGUAAGGAGGCAAAUUUUGGAAGGAGGGAAUGGGACAUUGGUGUUAGCGGCGGAGAGGACACGGCGGCCUGACCCUCUCAACCAUUUCAAUAUUUACGUCGAUGGUUGGAACGUUACCAAUGCUCAUUACAUCGCCUCCGUUGGAUUUUCUGCAGUUCCAUUCAUAGUUAUAGCAAUCUCGUGGUUCGUAUUGCUCGGACUCUUUCUCAUCUGCUCAUGCCUCUGUUGUUGCUGCUGUGGCUGUGGCCGCCGGAACUACGGCUACUCUCGCGUCUGCUACACUCUUUCUCUCGUCUUCCUCCUCCUCUUCACCAUAGCCGCCGUGAUUGGGUCUGCAAUGCUGUACACUGGACAAAACGAGUUCUACGGUAGCGUGGAGAGGACGUUUAUGUACAUUGUGAAACAAGCAACUGGAGUUUUGACUAAGCUAACGAGCCUAUGGGACUCAAUUCAAUCUGCUAAAGACAUUCAGCUCGAUGGACAUAACCUGUUUCCUCCCGAGUUUAGAGGUAACAUCGAUCAUUUCAACAACAUGAUAAAGAUGUCUAACAUCACUUACCCCGAUCGUGUCGCUAACCAGACUAUUCGUUACCUCACCGGAGCACUAAACCCUGUGAGAUACGUGUUAAAUGUGAUCGCUGGUGUUAUGCUCGCAGUCGCAUUCCUCGGCCUAUUGUUUUCGUUCUGUGGACUGCGAGUUCUUGUCUACCUAUUGGUAAUUCUGGGUUGGAUUCUCGUCACAGCCACUAUCCUCCUCAGCGCCGUUUUCCUUGUCUUCCACAAUGUGGUUGCGGACACGUGUAUGGCUAUGGACCAAUGGGUGCAUGACCCAGCGGCGGACUCAGCAUUGAGCCAACUUCUUCCAUGUUUAGAUGCUAAAACCAUUGGAGAGACAUUGGAUAUAACGAAGACGAUGACUGCUACGGCCGUCGACAUGACCAAUGCGUACACGGUCAAUGUCAGCAACCAUGAUCAGUUCCCACCUAAUGUCCCUUUCUACCACAACCAGUCUGGUCCGCUUGUUCCUCUCCUCUGUAACCCACUCGACCAAAAUCACAACCCGCGACCUUGUGCUCCGGACGAAGUCCUAUUAGCCAAUGCUUCUCAGGUUUAUAAAGGCUAUGUGUGCCAAGUGAACGCAGAAGGAAUCUGCACAACGCAGGGGAGGUUAACCCCAGCUUCAUACGACCAGAUGAUGGGUGCGAUCAACGUGGCGUUCACGUUGGACCAUUAUGGUCCCUUCUUGGCUAGUAUUGCGGACUGUACUUUUGUCAGAGACACCUUUAGAGACAUAACCACCAAGAACUGCCCUGGACUCAGCAUUACCAGUCAGUGGAUCUACGCAGGACUUGCGUCACUCUCUGGUGCAAAGAGAGAAUAUAGUGAUAGAUCGGAGAUGACGAAACUGGCGGAAAAAUCUGGAAGCAGACCACCGUGGGUGGGAUUAGCGGCAGCCGCAUGGGUUCAGGUGUCGGCGGGAAGUGGUUCGACGUUCCCGCUUUACUCCUCCGCUCUCAAAUCGGUUUUGGGUUUUAGCCAGCAACAGGUCACGAUCCUUGGCGUCGCUUGUGAUUUGGGCGAAAACAUGGGUCUGCUUCCAGGAUACGCCAGUAACAAGCUUCCUCCAUGGUCGAUGCUUCUCAUCGGAGCUUCCUCUUGUUUCCUCGGCUUCGGCGUUCUUUGGCUCUCCGUCAGCCAAAUCGUUCAUGGUUUACCUUUCUGGCUGCUGUUUAUAGCUCUAGCUUUAGCUACCAAUAGCAACUCAUGGUUCGGUACAGCAUCUCUUGUCACCAAUAUGAGGAAUUUUCCUAUGAGCCGAGGCCCUGUCGCUGGACUUCUCAAAGGUUAUAUUGGGAUCAGUGGUGCAGCAUUCACUGUCUUGUUCAGCAUGGUGCUUCAUCAUUCAGCUACGAAUCUGCUUCUGUUUCUUACUGUUGGUAUUCCGGUGAUAUGCUUAACUGUUAUGUAUUUCAUUCGCCCCUGUAUUCCAGCUACUGGUGAAGACCCUUCUGAGCCCAUGUAUUUCGCUUUUCUGCUUGCCACAAGUAUACUUUUUGCUGCUUAUCUUGUUGUGACGACUGUUGUGAGUGAGGUGUUUAUUCUGCCAAGCAUACUCAAAUAUGUUCUUGUGGCUAUCAUGGUGUUACUUUUGUUGUCGCCUCUUGCGGUUCCCAUCAAGAUGACACUUUUCCGUUCAAAUGCCAAGAGCUCUCCACUGGGUUCUUCAGACAAUCUAGCCAAAGAGGAAGGUACCCAGGAAGAACCGUUGCUUACACCUUCUACCUCAGCUUCAAACCUUGGGCCUAUCUUUGAGGGAGAUGAUGAGUCGGAUAUGGAAAUACUUCUCGCUGAAGGAGAAGGUGCGGUGAAGAAGAAGAGAAAACCCAGAAGAGGUGAGGAUUUCAAGCUUGGCCAGGUUUUUGUCAAGGCAGAUUUCUGGCUCCUUUGGUUUGUCUACUUCCUCGGCAUGGGUUCAGGUGUUACAGUCUCCAACAAUUUGGCACAGAUCGGAUUUGCUUUUGGUAUUAAGGACACAACAAUACUCCUCUGUCUCUUCAGUUUCUUCAACUUCAUAGGCCGUCUUGCUUCAGGUGCCAUUUCAGAGCACUUUGUGAGGUCAAGAACGCUUCCAAGAACAAUAUGGAUGGGAGCCGCGCAGCUAGUUAUGGUGUUCACAUUCCUCCUCUUCUCCAUGGCUAUCGACGACGCCAUGUCCAUUUACGUUGCGACUGCUCUAAUUGGGAUAGGCAUGGGGUUUCAGUUCUUAUCUAUCGCAACCAUCUCGGAGCUAUUUGGUCUCAGACAUUUUGGAAUCAACUUCAACUUCAUACUCCUGGGAAACCCGCUCGGUGCCACCAUUUUCUCGGCCUUUCUCGCCGGAUACAUCUACGACAAGGAGGCUGAUAAGCAAGGGAAUAUGACCUGCAUUGGUCCAGACUGCUUCCGCGUAACUUUCUUGGUUCUAGCCGGUGUUUGUGGGCUUGGAACUCUACUGAGCGUUAUUUUGACAGUGAGAAUUCGCCCGGUUUAUCAAGCCCUCUAUGCGUCUGGCUCAUUCCGGUUGCAGCCGCAAUCAGCGGGUCAUUGAUAUAUCCAGAGAGGGAGAGAGACUGUUUAGAUGAAAGAAGGUACUAUAAUAUAAAUACACUCAUAGAUGCUAUCUACUUUUCAUUAUUAUUAUUAUAGGCUCCUACUGUAUCAUGCGACAUUUUUGUUUGGGUGUAUUCUAAGAAAUGUAACACUGUGUU